UGCCGCUAAAUCGUAACAAGAGAUUAGAAUAGAGUCCGCAUUUGGAUAUAUAAAUAUACAGAUGAUUCCGAAGUGGACCAGUGGAACAUUUGGUCUUGAAAGCGACAUAUCGUCACCAUGAUCUUUGUACUGGCUUUGAUGGUAGUAGCCGCGCAGGCUGCAACUCACCACCCUCACAGCCACCCGACUCAUGACCCCGCCCAUACCCACAUCCCCCACCACACCCACUCACACGAACACAAUGAGCACGGAACCUCCACAUUUUACUUUGAUGCAAAAACGCACCACAUGGUGAUGAGACUCGACAGUAAAUGUUACUUGAUGAAACUGGACGAUACAGAGGCCACUAAAGUUCAUGAUGCCGCUGGAAUCGUUGAGAUCGAGUUGGCUAUGGUAAAAUUGAUUGGAGCUGCCAAUGAAACGAUGGUGGCCCAUGAUGCCCUUGCUAUAAUGAGUGCCCAUAUAGCCCAUAUGUGCCCAAAUGGUGCUAUGCAGCUAGAGAGAAUCUAGAAACUUUGAUAGAAUUCUCAUCAACUUUGUUUGUUACACUGUCUUGUACUGUUGUUUUUAUAAAUUCGGUGUGAUUUUAAGAAAUAAAACCUCAAAAACUUUCA